AUGACGUCGUCUUUCAAUGCUAUUGGUGGAGAAAGCAUCGACGUCGAUAUCGGUUUCCUAUGCAUAUCUCGUCGUUCAGCACGGAUGGUGUAUACAAUUGGCGAGAAUCGAAUCACACCAAAACAAGAAAAUCCACUUGAAGCUAUUGUUGUUCAAUUUCCUGAACAACCAAAGAAGAUCUCAUUCGAUUUCUUGCUCGUUCAACACCUUGGGAAUUUUGGAAGGUAUCAGCUACUCCAGUUUGUCUUAUUAUGUUUGCCUACAAUUUUCGUAGCCAUGCAUGUGAUGAGUUGGACAUUUGUUGCCGCACCGCCGGAAAUAAUAUGCUCGAACAGUACCACAGGGGAAAACUGCACCACUAACGGAUAUUCCGCUGUCGACAAAUGGGAAAUGAACGGCGACAGGUCAUGGAUCAAGGCGACUGUUCAGUCGUUGUACUAUAUUGGUCAAAUGACUGGCUCAUUGUUCUGCGGCGUGAUGGGCGAUAAAAUUGGAAGAAAGAGAGUUUUCUACCUAGCCAUUGUUAUUCAAACUUUAUGUGGUACCUUGCUGACUGUAGCGCCAACAUGGUGGUUGUUUGCUAUUCUGAAAGGAGGAACCGGUUUCUCUCAGCCGGGAAUCUUCGGUGUUGCUGUAGUAUUAGGAAUGGAAUUAGUAGGAGCAAAAUAUAGGAGACUUGGUGCAGUAAUAGCUGGAGCCUUUUAUGCUUUUGGAGAGAUGAUUCUUGCUGGUAUGGCCUAUGUGAUCACGGAUUAUCGUGUUCUACAUGCUGCCAUUGCGCUACCUUCUCUGAUCUUUCUUUCUUAUUGGUGGUUGGUUCCGGAAAGCGCACGAUGGCUUGUGACCAAGGAACGUUACGAAGAAGCAGACGUCAUCUUACACAAAGCUGCUCGUAUCAAUGGUUCAUAUGUCCCCGAAAAAUGGUGGGAACAACUGGAGAUCAGUCAAAACAGCAAAUACACAUCUUUUGGGAUAACUGAUCUUGUUCGUACGCCAAAAAUGAGACGUAGAACGCUUGUUUGCUUCUUCCUCUGGCCCGUUAAUACUAUGAUGUACUAUGGUUUGACGAUGAAAAGUGAUCUCGGUGGUGGCAACCUCUAUGUCAAUUUCGCUAUGAGUGCCGCCAUGGAAAUUCCGGCUCUUCUUCUUGUUUACUUCCUCAUUGACCGCAUUGGAAGGCGCCAAAUUGUCGCCGGAAGUUUGGCGAUGGCUGGACUUUGUCUUGUCUUAAACUGGAUCAUAGGAGAUGACGUCCCGUUUUACUGGGGAAUGUUGCAAGUGAUGAUCACCAAGGGUGCUGUGACUGUCUCUUACACUGCUAUGUAUACCUACACGUCUGAAUUAUUCCCUACGGUUGUCCGCAACACAGCAGUUGGAUGUUGUUCGACAAUUGCACGUGUUGGAGCCAUUAUGUCGUCUUACAUGGCACUGUGGCUGGUGGAAGCGUAUGGCAAGCUGGCUAUGGUGAUUCCCUUUUCACUGCUUUCAUUGACGGCAGCUAUUUUGACGGCGGCAUUUUUGCCGGAAACUAUGAAAAAACCGAUGCCCGAAUCCAUCUCUGAGGUGGAGGGAACGAAAAUCUAA